UAUACAUACCAGUGAUAAUGACACCCACAGCUGAGCUCGACAUCGUCUGGCACGCGUUCAACUUGCGCCGGUGUUUUGCUAUCCUCAACUUCGCUGUCGGGCUCGACCUCGAUGAAGAGUGGCUCAUGACAUAUUUCACAAACUUGAUCCGGCAUCUUGUAUAUCUGUCAGGGAACAGGAUCUGAAAGUCUGGAAUGUCAGAAAACGUUUUGAGGAUUGCAAGAUUUACUGCGCAGAUUUGACCCUUCGACCAUUUUCUCCACGAGGUACGUAUUUGGAGACGCAACUUUUUUCUUGACAGGGGUCCGCAUGCGGAAUUCUGGAAACCCCAUACAGUGUCCGUACCUGACUUAGUCCGACGCUUUACGAUCGCAUCCUCAUCCACUGCUUAUGCGGAUGAAAGGACAUAAGACGACGCGUGAUCAAGGGAGAAGUUGCUGUCUAUCAGCUGUUGCUACGCUCAGGAUGAAUUAUGUCCGCCAUGGAGGAACAUUAUGAUGCUGGGGAAGCGCCUCCUGAGGACGCGCAGCCCGAGUCCAGCCCUAUCUCCUCAGCUCCGACAACCACCAAACCGUUGACUACCUCCGCCGUGAUCGAUGCGACGUUGCAUUUCUUCGCGAACGCCAGCAAUGAGACUCUUGGCGCAUGCGCAGUAGGGUUAUGCGCCUCUACCUACCUUGUGCUGGGCCGCGUCGGGCUGGUUUUAAUCGGCGCGGUCGGUGGUAUUGUCCUCCAUGCCACCUGGGAAAGUCAGCAAGGAGCAGGAUCGGAUGGAGAUGAGACCCAUGCGAACCGCCGCAAGAAAGAGCUGGGUAUAGAAGUCGCUCACAGGAUACUGGACUGGCGGGACAGACGGAAAACAGACAAGGAAAAGGACGACGUCUUUCUGGAGACCACCGCCGACUUGAACGACAAUACGAAGACAUUAGAUUAUUCCGAUUUCCCACCAGAAACUGGUGUCGCCCUUACCAACUUCACCGAUGCUGUAAUCAGAGACUACGUCAAGUGGUGGUAUAGCCCGAUCCUGCCAAAAGAUCAAUCCUUCCCUGCCAGCUGCCGACAGACCUUGACGAAAUUCAUCACAUCCUUCUCGAGACAUCUCUCGCGCAAACGUACUGCGGAUCCGUUUUUGGACUUCUUGUCAAACUCAACCUCUAUUGUUAUUGUCUUUCUGAAUGAACUCUCUAGCGCGCUGAAGUCCUCUCCUAAUUCCGAUGCCGAGACGGCCAUCGAGACAUAUUUGCAAUUUCAACCUGAAAGUCAUCUGGCCAAUGUCCUCAGCAAAGAACAGCAAGAGCGCAAAUUAGCGCUGGUGGCAGACGACAUUUUGCAGAAUUUCCUUGAUCCCAAGGCCUACAAUUGCCCUCCUGUCAAGAUAUUUCUGCGCGAAACCCUUGCGGGCCUAGUACUGGAAACAACCGUUGACCUUUGUUCGAAGCCAGAAUGGAUCAACGGUUGGAUUGUCUAUCUAUUGGAGGAGGGGGAGCCGGAGAUCAUGAACGCCAUCGACGCCGGAGUGGAAGAUAUGAGCGGAGCCAUGUCUAAAACCGGGGAUGAAGCCGACUCGGACAAGAAGCAUGGAAGGCGGGUCAGUAGGGCCGAGGAAGCUAUGCAAGAAGCCAUGCGAGAAGCACAGCGUCUUAACGAGAUGAUCGCUGAAGAUGAGGCAAGACGCAAGCGCGGUCUACCUCCGAUCGAACACGAGGAGACCAGCUCUGUGGCAACCACGGACGUAGGACUGGCGACUCCGACCUCCUCUGACAGUGAUCGAAACAGGCAGGGGGAGCGAUCUAUGGACGCGUCCUUGGUCUUCGAUAUCGAUGGAAACGCCGUUCAUCACUCAGAACCAAGUUCAAACAAAGGUUCAGCACCCGCCACACCGAGCAAGGAGCAUGGUCAAUUCACACAGUUUGAACAGCUUGGCGAAAACGUCUUGACCCCACCACAACCUGUUUCUAGCGCCCCUGCGCCGGUAGAGGUGAUGAUGGCGGUACCCCUGACCUUGCAAAAUGCUUCUAUCACAAUCCUCGAUCUAGGGGAUGGGAACGAAAAGGUCACUAUGAGGCAAAAGCCCAACAGCGAGUAUUUGCUUCAGAUUGAGCCUGCUUCGCAGCGCUUUCCUGGCUGGAUGGUCACUCGAAGAUAUGCUGAUUUCGAGCCUCUUCAUCAGACUCUAACGACUAUUGGUCGUAUCACCGGUGUGCCUGAGUUUGGCCAACUGUACCCGGCUCUACCCGGCUGGAAAGGCCAGACGAGUGUUUCCUUGAUCCAGAGCCUGGAAAAGUUUCUGCGAUUUUGCGUGAAAUAUGAAUCAUUGGCAGAGACCGAGGUGAUGAAGAAGUUUUUGGACAAGGAGACUGGUCUUCAGAAAGCGCCUGCUCAAAGCAAAAAUGUUCUGGUACAGGGUGGUGCAGCUUUGGAGAAUGUGGGCAAGAAUUUCAUUAACGUGCUCGGUCAAGGCGGCAAGGGAAUCGCAGGUGGUGGCAAGGCUGUGCUUGGGGGUGUACAGGGAGUAUUCGGUGCUGUGGCCGGACCGAAGAAGCAGCCCGGGAGGCCUUCGCAGCAACUAUCACGAACGAAUACUGCUUCAAGCACAUCGAACUUCCGAUAUAGCCAGGAAGGAUUGGGAGAGAGUACCGACAGCAUUGAUGUCAAGCCGCCACCACUUCCAACUCGACCGAGUACGGAUAUCUCGAGUCCACAACGGUCGAGGUCCUCGCUCGCCCUUGAUGAAGCGGGCCGUCAAUCAGAGGAAGGAUGGGCACUUCCCCCUCCCCCAAGCGUCAUCUCAGAUGACUACCAUCCAAUAACCCUGCCCAGACUUGAAACUCCUGCUCGGCCCCGUCAGGACACGGUUGUUUCCCAUCCAGCAAGCCCAGCACCGGUCAUCAGUCUGGAGGAAGCGAAGACACCGCAGACCACCGAUGUAGCCAAACCGUCGUCAAGGUGGCCUAAGAAAGAUGAUGCUCCCAUUGCCGAGGAAGAGACUCGAAUAUGUAUCGAGUUAAUCUUUGCAAUCCUUACCGAGCUUUAUACGCUGGCCGGCGCCUGGUCUAUCCGGAUGUCCCUCUUGGGCGCUGCAAGGACAUUCCUCCUCCGGCCGAACAACCCACAACUAGAAUCAAUCCGAGUUCUGCUUCAAGAGAGUGUUAUCGAGGCCAAUUUCUCAGAUAAGGGUAUAGCAGCCCACAUCAACAAAAUGAGAGAAAAUACCUUGCCGACUCCUGAAGAGAUGGCAAAAUGGCCUGCAGAAUUAACACUAGAGGAGAAGGAAAAGCUAAAGAUCAAGGCUCGAAAAUUACUGGUCGAGCGAGGAAUGCCACAGGCGCUCACGAGCGUCAUGGGCGCAGCUGCCAGUGGUGAGGCUUUAGGGAGGGUGUUUGAUUGCCUCCAGAUACAGCAUGUGGCACGCGGUUUGAUUUUCGCGUUGUUACUGCAAGCUAUUCGAGCUACGACACAGUAAUGAACGUUAGAUGGGCACCAAUGGAAACGCUUCGAACUUGUACAAUAGCGAUAUGAAAGUUGAUGAAUGGUGUUGGCGAAAACUACGAGUAUGGCGUAUCGUGUCGUCUGGCACUGUUAGGCCGUGGAUUGCUUCGACGUGCAAAGGAAACUUGUCAAAAAUCGACAAAGCAUUGUGUAGAGCAAUAAAUGUUUCAUUAUACUUG